UUAAGGUCCAAUGAAAUCUCGGCCCAUAACAACGAGCCCCCGUCUUCAGGUGGUGAAGUUCGCAUUGAGAGAAGCCGUAAGGACGCUAAGCGUAAUGAAUGGACCAAUCGACUUGACUUUCUCUUCUCCAUUAUUGGGUUUUCUGUAGAUCUAUCAAAUAUCUUCAAGUUCCCUUACCUCUGCUACAAGAACGGCGGAGGGGCAUUUCUGAUACCAUACUUUUUUAUGUUGACCUUCUGUGCUCUACCGCUAUUCUAUCUGGAGCUCGUGAUUGGUCAAUACUUCAGAGAGGGCUGUCUGAGCAUCUGGAAGGUGGCUCCUUUUUUCAGAGGUGAGUUGGGAAGAGGUGUUUGUUAA